AUGGUGCGUCAGCUGCACGACGGUAUGAUGGCGCGAGUCACGGACAACGGAUCUGUCUCAGAGACAUUCGUAGUGGCCAACGGAGUGAAGAAUGAAUGCGUGAUGGCACCUACCCUCUUCAGUCUUAUGUUCUCUGCCAUGCUGAUGGACGCCUAUCGUGAUGAGCACCCCGGGAUCCGCAUCGCCUACAGGACGGACAGUCACCUGCUGAAUCAACGGCGGAUGCACUUCCAAUCGCGCGUAUCCACAACCACCGUUCACGAACUUCUCAUCGCCGACGACUACGCCCUGUACACCACAUCGGAAGUGGAGAUACCACGGAGCAUGGACCUGUUCUCCGCCGCCUACGAGAACGUUGGGCUGGUCAUUAACACGCAGAAGACGGUGGUGAUGCAUCAACCGCCACCCAACACAGCCACAGCCCACAACGCGUCGCUGCAAAUCAGCGUCAACGAAACCCAAUUGCAAAUGGUGGAGGACUUCCCGUACUUGGACAGCACCCUCUCCCGCAACACCAAGAUCGAUGACGAAGUCGCCAACAGGAUCUCGUAAGCCAGUCAAGCCUUCAGUCUCCUCAAAAGCACAGUUUGGAAUCGUCAUGUCCUCCAACUGAGCACGAGGCUAAAGAUGUACAAGGCCGUUAUCUGCCGACGCUUCUGUAUGGAGCGGAGACUUGGACGGUGAACACGAAGCAGGCACACCGACUGAACCACUUCCAACUCAGUUGUCUCCGUCGCAUCCUGAGGCUGAAUUGGCAGGACCACACCCCCGACACAGAUGUGCUGGAACGGACGGGAAUCCUCGGCAUCUACGUCGUGCGGAGAAAAAUGCAGCUGCGCUGGAGCGGCCAUCUGGUGCGCAUGGACGACGAGCGACUACCCAAACGACUCUUCUACGGAGACGUUGCGACGGGUUCUCGCCGCCAAGAUGGUCAAAUUCUUUGAUACAACGAUACUCUGAAGUCCACCCUGAAGCGCCCUCAAAUCAACCCGACCAACUGGGAAAAACUCACCCUCUACCGACCGACCUGGAGGAGGACAGUGAAGACAGGCGCUGCGAUCAACGAAUCCAUCCGCAUCGCUGUCGCCAAAGCGAAACGCUAAGCCCGCAAAUCACAAAUUCGCCCAUUACGCAACUGCGACGCACAACCGCUACUAACGUGUCCUCGAUGUCAACGGACAUUCCGGGCUCGAAUCGGACUUGUUCGACAUCUACGGAUCAACUGCGCCUCUCAAACUGCACAAAACUUCGUACCCCGCCCGCUUCUUCUUCCUUCUCUCCGCCGUCAAAUUGCUCUGAUAAUUCUUCUGCACCACCACUUCCAUCCUCCUCCCCCUCCACCAACUACUCCUCCUCGUUCUCGUUGUCAUCCCCCUCCUCCUCCUUCUCCUCUUGCUCCUCCUCAUCCUCCUCCUCCUCCUCCUCCUCCUCCUCCCCCUCCUCCUCCUCCUCCACUGCUGCAACGACGGCCGCUCACCCGACCAUCUCGCACAUCACCAACCCUGACACAACCUCCGACACCACCACCACUACCUCCGACCCCAGCGAUGAGGAUCAGGACUUUACCUGCCCUCACUGCGACCGCACCUUCACCUCACACAUUGGCCUGAUCGGUCCCUUGCGAAUCUAUCGCACGGAGACUGGCGAACCAGUGCCUGGAGCACCAACCUACACCCACCGCACUCGCCUCCACUGCCCACACUGCCCUCGCACCUUCACGCAUCGCAUGGGUCUAUUCGGCCACAUGCGCAUCCACGAGAGCGGAAUUGACCACAAUUCCGGCACACCAAUCACGUCCACCAGGCCCACUAGGCCCAGUCCUACCGUCGAUCCUUCGGCCUGA